CUAUUUUAGUAGGUUCUCAAUUUUCGAAUGUUUUAUGAUUAAGUAUGGACUCGGUUUAAGCGUGAAGACUUUAGGAAGUUGUUUUACAAUCAUUGAAAACGCGCAUUAUGUGUACAUCGUCGGAUUAUACGCCUCCGUUCUUGUGACUCGCUGCUGCUCAAAGAGUAUGGGUGUAACUAAAUAUGAGGUCACUCGCGUGUUACAUCACGUACCUCGUAACUAGACUGUGUACAGGUCUUUGAGUCGAGAUAUCGUUUGUACACAGUUUUAUACCAGCGGAACGGUUCUGUCGCAGUUUCUUCUGAAGACGCUUGCUACCGUAUGUUCGUAGUGUUGGAAAUGCCUUUUCUUGCUCGAAUGCGUUAGUUCAUUGGUUUGCCAAUGUGUUCGCAAUGGGUGACGGUGUGUUUUGCGUGUUUACAUUGUGAAGGUGUACGUUCGUGUUCCUCGUCGUAAAGUUAACCGUAUGUGACUAAUAAAAUUGCUGGAAGUGAUAUUUGAACUAAUAAAUUAUUUCGCAUAGUCCUACGCCAUUCAGCUAACCAAUCUGAAAUUAUGAACGCCAGGUCUCAGACACUAGAACUGACUGUAGAACCCAGGCAGGUAAAGGAAGCUGUAGCUAGUUUAUUUCAUACAGUUCUUUUUCACCGAACAGUGGGAAAGUUUGAAUUCAUUCCUGAAACACCACGCUAUACAGUUGGAACUAUUGGAUUCUGUGAUGUGGAUUGUGAUUUUAUAGAUCUUACCUAUGUUUGUUGUGAUUCCGAGGAUUUAGAUCGCAAUUUGAAGAAAGAAAUUUCGGCGUUUUCGGACUCACUACAUAGGAGUGCACAGCAGACCACUGGGCAAAUAUCAUUGGAAUUUUUCCAGCGGAAGAAAAACAGGUGGCCAUUUCCUAUAGAAAGUACUUGGGAAGUGUGGACGGUACGUGUGGAAAUUAUUAGGUUGAACAGUGAAUACGAAAGAGAACUAUCAAGAGAGAAAGUUGGUGAUAUGUUGACCGAAAAAAUACUCUAUAUUGUCGAAGUAAUGAAUAGAAACUCAUAUAUUCCAGAAUUUCCUGUUGAGGCAGAAGUGGAUCUUGUUUUUGAUACAACGUAUGAGGGGAUACAGCCAUACUUAUUUAAGUUAUCACAUACAUUAGCAGGUCCCCCGAACAAUACUGUUGGUUUAACAAUGAAGAAACUGUGGAAAGAAACUCUUACCUAUUGAAUUUUUGUGUAUUAGGUAUUUUUAUUCAGCUCGAUUUUAGUAAACUUCUUUGGCAACUACUGAAAUAUCACUUUUGUAUAAACACUGUUUUAUUUAUUACACGUUUAGUAUGUUUGUAUAAAAC